CAUUCACUUCUGCUUCCCUCCCGAGUUCUCUCCUCUCCGUUUUGACCUCUUCGUUGAUCGAAGCAUUCACAUUUUUAUCAGUAAGCUGUUGAUCGGCUCUGGGUUAUCGCCCGCAAUUUAAUAUAUCUUCGUCGUUCGAUUUCCCGUUUAUAGUUUUCUUCUCCCCCACCCCCCCUCCAUUCCGCCCUGAUCCCAGCAACUCGGAUUCCAUCGUACCGAUUCGUAAUAAUAGCACGAGGCGGAGCUCACCUCAGCCCAAUAUACCAGUAUGCCAGAGAUACUUCCAUCUGCAGCCUACAAUCCUUCUGCACUUGGCACUCUGGACCAUCAAGAUGCCGUGUCUCCGCUGGCUCAGAGGCACACUCUUAAUACCAUUGUCGAGGACGACUCAGUCAUCCCGUACUACUACCUUGCGCCAAGACACUCACCUACGUCGACAUAUCAGUGCAGCUUAGUCUCACCAGACAGUAGCGAAGACUUCCCCACCCCCAAGGCACGUAUAUUCGACAUGAUGAGGCCGUCGCCCCAGCCAUCGCCACGAUACACCUCUUCAUCACCACACUUUUCACAACACCGAGAGAGCCUGGCAGACAGUGAUUUCGACUCCCUGUACGAUAUUACAGACGAUGAAGAGGAAGUUCCUCUCAAGUGCUCAGCAUCCGUCAAGAAAGUUGCUCGGUUAAGUCGGAAUCGCUAUCCAUCAAUUGUCAUUCCCUCACCUUCAGCAUGGCCGACCAUUGAGAAGCUUAGGAGUGCCAUGUCGUCGGUUCCCCCAACUCCUUCACAGUUGCUGCCCCCCUCCCGUCAAGGAUUGUCAUCGCUUGCAACACACCACCUACAGCUACCGGCAACAUCCGCAACCCCUUCACUAGAUGGAAGUAUGUCAUCAGAAGAAAUGGACAAAUUAAGCUGCCCAGCCACACCCGAGACACAAAACCGCCAGUCCAUCUCCAGCAUUGACGAAUGGGGACCAGUUCAACUUGAUAUGCAGGCACUUGAAACGCUCUCGCACCUCGGACACUUGUCUACAGAUCAACAGCAUGAGCGCCAAGUAUCUCAAGUUAUUGAAACUCAAGGAGGAGAAAUGCAGGAAGUAUCGCGACCUUCACUUGGACUCAACAUUCCAUCAUCAGUCAUCCAGAGUAACUCAUCAGGGAAUACCCCGCUCUCUUCACUCUCAAUUCCAUCACCGGGAGGAUUCUUUUCCUCACUCAGAGCGUCGGCUCGCCAUACAUGGAGCAUGCCAAGGAAAGCGGAGGACUCUGUACCCAAUACAUCCACCGCCGAAAACUUCUACCACGUGCCAUGGGACAGCCGAAGGAACACGAUUGCAGAGCAUGCCGUCACCCUUGCUGGGUCGACGCUUGAUGGCUACGAUGAUGGAUUGCCAACUUCUCGACCAGUUGUUCUUGGCGACAGGGACGAUGUACUCGAAGUCAAAGAGAUCAAUCCUAGCAAGACCAUUUUCCAGUACAAUGAAAAGUAUAACGCAGAGCUCCAGAAGCUGUCAACUGCAAAUCUUGAGAGGACGGGCCACUGGCUGGAAGAGCAGGAUGAACUGAAAGCUGCCCUUCGAGAGAUGAAUGAUCUGGGUUCGCCAAACCUCUCCACUGGCAGUCAUAGUCGAGGAAAUUCAAUCGACAAGACUGUAAAGAAGUCUGUCACAUUCGCCGAGGAGCCGAAGAAGUCGCCAACCAAUGAGGAGUCGCCCAAGAAAAUCGUAACUUAUGUCCAGGGAUGGGAGUAUCUUCGUGACCGAAGUCGCAAGCACGAUCCUUUUAUUCAUCGACAAACUCGUGCUGAGGCAAUGCACCUAUACCGAAGAUGCAUGCCUGCAGCUCAUAGGGAUCAACUUCUUGGCAAAUUCGAGCUCACGAAUCCAGUGCGGCCAUCUCCGCCACGACCUGUUUCGGAAUUCUACAUGGAUGACCCAACGGCGUUGAAAGAGCGCAUUGCUCGCGCUCAGAUGGAACGACAAGCGCUUGACCAGAUGAUGCCAAUCACCUGGGUCCUGCAAGCCCUCAAGCAACUCAACGGUGGAAAGCUGCUAAGCCAUCAUACCGCAAAAUCCAUUGCCCGAAUUCGUGCACCUCGAAUCCUCGAUCUUGGUGGUGUUCCUACCAACGACUGGGCGUGGCAAAUUGCCUGCGAUUAUGUGUAUGCGACAAUUACCACGGUGUACACGGCUGGCAACAAUCUCACAUCCAAUGUCAGCGGGCCAGAGAACCACAAGCACAUGAUAGUGCCCAACCUUUGGACACUGCCCUUCCCUAAUGGGCACUUCGAUGUCAUUUCAGCACGCUCACUUUACGAGCUUCUCAAAACCGACAAGCCAUUGGGUCGCUCAAUGGACGAAUACGACCUGUGUCUCAAGGAGUGCUUCCGAUGCCUGAAACCUGGUGGCAUCCUCGAAUUCUCUCUCAUCGACGCUGACAUUAUUCACGCCGGCCGUCAAGCCCAAGCUAUGGGUGUAGAGUUUGGCUUCAAUCUCAAGACUCGAGGCUAUGAUGCCGCCCCAACUAAAUCAUUCCUUCCGCGCAUCCGUAAAGCUGGCUUCCAAAACGUGCAGCGGAUGUGGAUGGUUCUGCCAAUGGGCAAAACGGCGGCUAACUGGAAAGAGACGCUUCCUGUUGGUGCUGAGACGAAACAAGAAGAAAGGAGCAUUACGCCGGAUGGCCAGGUCGAUGUUAAUCCCAGUCCGGUGUUUGGGACAACAGUCGAUGCAGCGAUGAUGACGGGGAUUGUAGGGAGCUGGGCGUGGGAGAAGUGGGUGUUGAAGUUGCAAGUCGAGAUGGGUAAGGAGGAGGAGAAGUUGUUGGAAGGCGUGGUGCAAGUUUUAGAGGAGGGUGCAAAGGAGGGGUCGGGCUGGAGAUAUUUGACCGGUUAUGCGCAAAAGUAAAAGAUAUGUGGAAUGGGUCAUGCGGGUACAUAAUCUAGGCUCACUCUGGGUUGUUACUGGCAUUAGCAUGGAGUUUUCGCGAUUUGGUGAUUUAGGGGCUGUUCGCUGCCAUUGCAUUGCAUCGUCGUAUGGUUGGGGGAUUGAUACCACUUGGCUACUGUUUCCUUUGUUGCUGAAUAAGAU